AAACAACGAGAGAUCGAUGAAGAAUACAAGACCUGGAAAAAGAAUUCACCAUUUCUUUAUGAUCUGAUCUAUUCACAUGGCUUGGAGUGGCCAAGUUUGACAUGCCAAUGGUUUCCAGACGUUGAAAGUCGCCCUGAAAAGAGUUAUACUAUUCAGAGAUUAUUACUUGGAACACAUACAAACGAUGAAGAACCUAAUUAUCUACAGAUUGCGUCUGUCCAAUUACCAAAUAGCAAGCAAGAAAUUGAUAUGAGGAAAUAUGAAGAAAGUACAAAUGAGGUUGGAGGUCAUGGCGCUACAAAUGAUGCUCACGUCAAGAUCACACAAAAGAUUGUUCACGACGGUGAAGUUAAUCGUGCGCGUUACCAAUACGAUAAUCCAAAUAUCAUUGCAACAAAAUCAAAGACGGGCGAUGUCUAUAUAUUCGAUAGAACAACGCACGAGUCAUUUCCGCGAGAAAACGAACGGUUCAACCCAGCAUUAUUUCUAAAGGGCCACACAAGUGAAGGAUUUGGAUUGGCUUGGAAUCCUCAUCAUUCAAAGAAAAGUUAUUUACUAAGUGCAGGAUUUGAUGGUCUGGUGUGUCAAUGGGAUAUCAAUGCUGCUUCAAGGGACCACCGUGUACUUCCUCCCCUGAGGACAUUUAGAGGACACUCGUCAUCUGUUGCUGAUGUAGCCUGGCAUUUAGGAAAUGAUUCGAUCUUUGCGUCUGUAGGAGAUGACAAGCGCCUAUUGAUCUGGGAUGGAAGACAUGGAUCAAGCGACAUUCCACUUCACAGUGUGUCGGCCCAUGACGCCGAGGUAAACUGUGUUGGAUUCUGCCCUGGAAACGAAUGGGUACUUGCGACCGGUUCAAGUGACACGACAGCUGCUCUUUGGGAUUUGCGUAAUCUCAGGGUCAAACUCCAUUCCUUAAAAGCACACACGGGAGAUAUUGUCCAACUGGCCUGGUCUCCGCAUCAUGAUGCUAUCCUUGCCACGGCUGGUGUUGACCGACGUUCUAUUGUGUGGGACAUGGCACGGAUCGGAGAUGAGCAGACGGCGGAAGAAGCAAGGAAUGGACCACCUGAAUUAUUGUAUGUCCAUGGAGGACACAAAAGUAGAAUAUCGGAUUUCGGCUGGAAUCCAGCAUCACCAUGGACCCUGGCUAGUACAGCGGAUGAUAAUGUUGUUCAACUGUGGAAGAUGGAAAGUGAUUCUUUUCUUUUUUGGAAAACUUUAUUUUGA